CGAACACGGUAUCUCAAGGGUCUUUACGACGCCAUGUUCGUCCACCCAUGCUUUAACUUCCGGCACUUCGAGCAACGUGUAGAUGCCAUGAUGGCGUGGGGAGAAGCGAACGACCCAUCUAAGCAAAAGAGCGACCUUGCGCGGGAGCUCUUUGGUCAAGCUAACGGCGCACCGAAGAGGCCCGCAAGUUUUGCAUCCUCAUCACCGAAACCAACGCUCAGCUUCUUUGCCGCUGCUUCCGCCGCGUUUGCGCUAGGCGCUGUCAUGGCGAGGGACCCUGGCGAGACAAGCACGGACUCAGAUGUCAUGCAACGGAACAACCCGGCCGUUCUCUUUGCGCUCUCAAAGCAGAGUCUCAGCCUGUUCGAGGAUACGUCGUCGUACGACGUUGACAGUGUCAUUGCGAUGCUAAUCCAAGUCCUCUAUCUGCUGCAUGACGGUACGAUGCGGAUCGCGCACACGGUCUUCCCCCUUGUUGGCAAGAUGAUCAACGUUGCGCGGAUGAUGGGCCUCGCCGUAGACCCUGACGAGUUCCCCGGGACCUAUAGCCUUUUCGAGGCUGAAACUCGGAGACGCAUCUGGUGGGAUAUCGUCUAUUACGACAUGGUUGUGUCCGACUGCAUGGGUCAUCCGUCGCUCAUCACCGAGACAUCAUCGUCAACGAAAAUCCCGAAGGACGUGGAAGAGAGCUCGUUUAGCCCAUCGUCGACAACGGUCCCUCCACCACCCGAGGACCGGCAAUACUCGAGCAUCCAGUAUUUCAUCUUCCGAUGCAAG